AUGCGUACGCAUACUGGUGAAAAAAACCACGUGUGUGCCGCAUGUAGUAAGAGGUUUGCUAGUUCUAGUAAUCUGAAUACCCACACGAAGAUCCACACUGGAGUAAAGGACUAUCACUGUGAUCAAUGUACUAAGGCAUUUUCCACGAAAGGUCAACUGUACCAGCAUAUGUUGGUUCAUACCGGCGAAAAAGCAUACCUUUGCGAGUAUUGCCACAAAAGAUUUUCACAAAAGGCGCACUUAGUGAGGCAUCUGAAGACUCACAAGAACUGACUUUGGAGUGCAUCUAUUUGUAUUUAUUUUAGCAUUUUAAAAUAUUGUGCCUAAGAAUGAAUGACUUUAUUGCUUGACCUUAACUUCAUAUUUUAUCGGGGAUUCAUUUGCUAAGAAGUUACCUCAUCUAAUGUUGGAUUUAUGGAGACAGACAAACGUUAAACAUAUGUGUUUUUUCAUACAAUUGGCCAUUGAUUAACGUAUUUUCCAAGAAAAUGAUCAAUCCUAGACUCUAGUUAGAUGUUUAUUUACGAUUUCCAUGAUCACAGUCGUGUUAAAAAUAACCUCUUAAGCAAAAAGUAGUUAUAUCAAGAGAAGACACUUCGCGGAAUUUUUUUAUAAUCCGCCGGUCGGCCCCAUCGAUCUUGGGGGUCAUCUGCAUUAUUCAGUAGGGAAGCCGAUCGUUGAUUCGAUAUCUUACAUAUUUUUAUGCUAAACAGCAAACUUGCCGAGUUUGCUGUUGAGCACCAAAAUACAUAGGAUUUGAUGAGUUUUUAACAUUCGAUAUUAGUAUGCGAUGUAACCAAAACUUUGUGGUCAGCUCGUGGACUUUACUGGUUUGCAAAUAAAAACAGCGAUCUGUGUGUGGAUCGUCCUUAGCUUGGCGGUUUGCGUAUAGAGGGCUCUGAAUGUACCGAGACGGUGUUGCCAAACUGCCAUAAUUUAUAAAACGCUACGGUAAACGCAGUUCAGCUCUUUUCACGCUAUUGUUGGUUACGUCAAAAAUUCAUAGGAUAUAAAUACUCGCCUUAAGGCCAAACUGGCUAGAUAACUAGCGAUCAUUUCAAAUAUAUCGACGAUUAGUCAAAUAAGCAAUUUGAGGUUAGAAAACUAGAAUCUCAAGCUGGCGUGAUUUUUUGUUACUAAAGUUUCUCUCGCGAAAAACGUGAUUUAUAACUUGAUAAAUAUAUUCCGUAUGCUGCAAAUGGAUGAUAAACAUCCCCACCAUGAAUGAAUGUUCAAACAAAAGUGGAGUUCAAGAAAAAAUGCAUUCACUACAACUGAUGGUCAAUAAAUUCAUCCAAAAAGAAUGAUCUAUCUGGCAACACCACAUUUAUCUCCGAUUUGACGCCAUCUGCUGUUUUCGGGACGCCAUGUUUGUGGAGUCCGCUUUUAUCUCUCUCUAAUUUUAUUCGCCUUCUCUCUUCAUAUAAUUACUCUCUGCUUUGAGGAUCUAUGCUAAGCGUUUCCGAGUAGCUCACAUAACUCCGACUCACCGAACCACUGAAGAGGAGUGUUCCUAAUGCCUGCUCUCCCUUUGGUGAACCUUUUUUUCAACAAUUUUUCAAGAAAUCACUCUGGUUCGUGCAUUUCAUUAAAAGUCGGGAGAUCCUGAUGAAAUGAUUUGGAUUUUUACAGCCUGGGGACUGAGGUGUAUGUACAUAAACAGAACGUAAAAGAAGUAAAUAGAACUUUUAUUUAAUUUUAAGACUUGACAUAUGGAAUGUGCAAGAGCACCAGUUUGUAAACAUAAUUUUAUUAUCAAUACUACUACUGUUAAUAUACUGCAAGUUGUAGAUAAACAGAAAACGGCAGCAGUAAAUGUGAAGGUUGUAUAAUGACUUUGUAAAUAGUAGCUUUAGGUAUUUAUGAAAAUGUAUUAUUUAUAUUAAAUAGUAUUAUCAUUAUAUGUAUUUACAUAAUUUUAUAUCUUAAUGUCUGCUUAUAAAUUCUAUAAGACAGCAUCAUUAUCUUAUUUCGUAAUCUAUAACAUGUCAACUACUGAUCAGCUAUUUACGUCAAUAGACGUAAAAACGUGAACAAUAUGUUAUUUUUCUGUCAAAUCUUUCUCCCAUUACGUGUCUAUCGAAUCUUUUUUCCCCAUCUAUGUUUGACAGCUUUAAACCUCAAGCACCACCGCCUAGUGGGAGUAACAUCGGACAUCACUG